GCAGCAGCCGCUCCGUGCAUCCCAUAAAGAGGGAAAAAAAGAAACAAAACGUUAUCAUAGCAUACAAAAUGUUUGCAGUGUGAACACAUUGUCAUUACGCCAACUGUUGUCAGACCGCACACACAAAAACAUUUUAAUCAGAUCAUUUACAAAUCACAGUCACAUUCUUCAAUACGACAAUUUUGCCAAUUUUAUCUUCACGGAAGAUGGAAACUGAAGCACGAACUAUGUUAACUAUUUUAUUAAAGGAAUAAUUGCCAUAUUUUCAACGCUGUGGACAAUUUGUGGAUAAAUCAUUCGAUUGAAAUAUGCAAUUAUAGUGGAAAUAAUCUUUGGAGUAUCGGAAAGUGUAAAUUGACGGGGAAAUUCAAAUUAUUUUUUUUUGUGAAAGUGAAAAGCGGAUAGAGAAAACCUAUCGAAAAAACGAAAAGUGUAUUUUAGCCAUCACCUAAUUUCUCAAAUUAAACGAACCGUUGAGUGAAAUGUUGCAAAAUCCAAAGUAUAACAUGAGUUACAUCUCGAAUUUUUUGGCCAUACGAAAUGCAACCAACAGUAAUACGGCACUCCCACAAUCACCAAUGAGUGGCACACAUCAGGCAAACAGUGGAAUUGGACCAGAGUGCGAAUUGGACGAAACACAAUUGGAACGACUCAGUGCAUCGACGGGAAAAUCAUUUACGAUCGCAUCAAUUUUGGGCUUAAAAAAGAAAAACCAAGCGGCAAACAAUAUCGAGGCAGGAAAUAUGAAACAAAAAGAGUUGAAUGCAAUGAAUUUGUCGAUUCAUAAUAACCAAAAUUAUCCGAUGCACAACAAACCGUUUGGCAAUAUUGACAGCGACAACCGAAUGCUUCAGAAUCGAAUCCCGUUGGCUUUUACACACCAUCACCUGCAAGGAUCACAUCCGCAACCGCCUCAUUUUUAUCAACCGACAAAUAACAUGAAUAACAAUAACAAUUUAAACACGGCCAAUCACAACGGAACCUCAGCCCUGCAAAGUCUUCAGCAGCAAUUCCAUUCGAAAAAUAGCCCAAAUUUUCCACCAUUCCAUGGAAAGGAUCAACGCAACAAGAAUGAACACGUGAUAAAAGGAAAAUCAUCAUUGAAGAGCAAAAGAGUUAGGACGAUAUUCACUCCAGAGCAGCUUGAGCGAUUAGAAGCCGAAUUUGAACGACAACAGUAUAUGGUUGGACCCGAACGACUUUAUCUCGCGCACACACUACAAUUGACUGAGGCUCAAGUGAAAGUGUGGUUUCAGAACAGGAGGAUCAAGUGGAGAAAGCAUCAUUUGGAAAUGACACAGCAGCGUUUGGCAAUCAUUCGCCAAUGCCAAGUACAGCCACCGAAUGCUAAUCCAGAAUCGCGGGUCGGAGGGAAUGACAAAACUCCCACCGGAAAUGCUCUGGCCUCUUCACCCGCACUAACCGAUUUCGAUAGUGGCACAACAGGCAACGAAACUUCCGUGGCACAAGACUCAUCUGAGCUAUCAAUUUGCACUGAUUCCAUGGACUCAGACUCCAAUCAUGACGUUGAUGAAUUAUAAUUCAUUCAUUGAGAUUUUAUUUGAGUCAUUAGAUCGUAUACCAUCUUAUUUUUUAGUUUAAACAUUAGUGUGAAUAAUUUUAAAAAUGAUUGAUUUUAGGUAGAAGUUUUAUGAAGUUUAAGCGUUCUAUUAACUUCAUUCAAAUUCUCAUAAAAUAAAAGUAAGCGAAUAUUU